AUGUCAGAUUAUUAUGUAUAACAAAGUUCAGAAUGCGAUUACUUAUUUAAGGUCUUAUUAAUUGGGAAUAGUGGAGUUGGUAAAUCAUGCAUGUUAAUGAGAUUUAGCGAAAACUAAUUUACCAAUCAUUUUUAUAAUACUAUUGGAGUUGAUUUUAAAAUUAAAGUGUUUUAAAUUGAUAAAUCUACUGUCAAAUUGUAAAUAUGGGACACCGCAGGUUAGGAUAGAUUUAGAACUAUUACAAGCAGUUAUUAUAGAGGAGCUUAAGGAAUCAUUAUAGUCUUCGAUGUUACAGAUAGAGAAUCAUUCAACUAAAUUAGAUAAUGGAUGCAAGAGAUUGAUAAAUUUGCAGCGGAAUCAGUGAAUAAAAUAUUAGUUGGAAAUAAAAUAGAUAGUUCUUAAAGAAGAGUCUCAACAGAUGAAGCAGAAGCUUUGGCUAAAUCAUACAGCAUUUCUUAUAUCGAGACUUCAGCUAAAACUAACAUCAACAUUGAAAAUUGCUUUAGUUUAAUUACUAGGCAAAUCAUACAAAGAGUUGGGAAACCAAACUAAAAUCAAAAAAGUAAAGUAGGGAUGAAGCUGUAAUAGAAUUCACCACAAUAAUAAACAUAAAAUAAAAAAGGAGGCGAACAAGAUAGUUAAUGUUGCAUGUCUUGA